AUGAUGACGAAGAUAAGCAAUCUGAUUGUUCUCUUGAAAGCCGCCAGCUUCCUGGCGUGGGUAGAUGCGGAAGCUAUCAACAAAGUCAACGCCAGAGCCGGUCCCUGCCCUGACUACCCCAACCAAAUUGGGUAUAAAACUAUAGCCGAUCUGAAUUUGGAUCAGAAGGAUGAGGCGGACAGGAUCUUUGAGGGAGAUCCUCCCAGGACCCCGUAUGUCUUUUCAUUGUGCUCCCCGUACACGUACUCGGUGGAUAAUGUCGACCAGGAAGCCCUCAACGUGAUGUUGGAUAAUUCCAUUUUUACGUGCGGCAACGAGGGAAACAACAACAACAACAACAUCAAUGAAGGACAGUGUGUGUUGGAGGGAGCGGGGCAUCAGGUCGUCGUACCUCCUAGGAUGACUGUAACGUUCCAAGGCAUUACCUUUGCCGAUUUCACUGGUAGCUCUACGGAAGCGGGUGCGGAUGCCAAGCUUAUUUUUAAUGACGUUAUCUGGACUGGAUUGGAAGAUACUUCGGUGCUGGUGGCUCACGACAGCCCGAUUACGGUGGAAAUCAACCGUGGAAGAGUUAUUGGAAAUAAUGGGGUCGAUGGUAUUUUGACUGUAGAUGGGCACGGAGUCGAAGCGGAUGUGCUCGUCAAAUCUUCGGUUGGAACUGGAUCGACAUCUGAAAACGCCGACAACAACGCUGAGGUACGUAGCAACGCAAUUUUGAACCGCGUGGAUGGCCUCUCUCUCAAACCGAAACAUCUAAUUUUUCCACCCGUGGUAUAUACGUACGACGACAUCGCGCAGAGCACUCGUAGGAUGCACGUGACGAGUGAACAUGCCUUGUCCAAGUUGGGAAUCUCCAUUUUUGGAGCUGUGACUGGACGUGGCAAAACACCUGCACGUGUUUCUCGAUACCUCCAGUCGCAUACCGUUGUGGAUCCUACGACGCUGAAUAAUCCCAACUCGCCGCAGUCUCGUGCGGCUUCUUGGAUUGCUCAGGAUGCCUUUAGUGCCGAUCUGCAAACCAGUGAUCCAAAGUAUGCACAGCGGUUUGCUCUUGCCACAUUCUACUUUGCCACAAACGGAGACCACUGGGAGCAAUGUGGACGAGAAUCAAGCACUUGUGCCACCGCUGCCUGGUUGUCAGAUGUCGAUGAAUGUACAUGGUAUAGCGUGGGGUGUACUCAACAGGGUGACGUUUUCGAAAUCAGAUUUCCACCUGAUGGGAAUAAUCUUGUUGGCCACUUUCCUGCCGAGUUGUCCUUACUUACUGGCAUGAAGCGCAUCAUGGCUUCUUCGAAUGCAAUUGGUGGUAGUCUGGAUGCCCCUCUUACCGGCCUGUCCUUGCUCGAGAUCCUAUACCUGCCAGCAAACCAAUUCAGAGGUUCCAUACCGGAUUCGCUCUACUCGUUGACACGUUUGAACACGCUGUCACUUGCAGACAAUGCGUUCACUGGGACCAUUAGCCCUGAUAUUGGACAGCUCACACGGCUGGCAAAGCUGAACUUGGGAAAAGCUUCCCUGUCUGGAACCAUUCCCCUGAGCAUAGUGACACUUGAUGCAUCUCUCACUGAUCUUUUGAUAAACGACAACCAGCUUACCGGACCAGUGCCGGCAGCAUUUGGCCAAUUGACAAAUCUUGAAAAACUGCAAAUCCAAGGAAACCAGUUAACAGGAAGCAUUCCCUCUGCUCUGUGUGCCCAGCAGUUGGGAACUUUGAUAGUGGACUGUGAGGUGCAGUGCACUUGCUGCGAAAACUGUGGAAGUGCAGCAGUUGCAGCAUCUCUUGCUUCCAGUGUUCUUUCUCUGGGAGACUCCUCAACCCUUGCGUCCUAUCUUCGGGCCCUUCCUGUUACAGCUCCCAGUGUCUUUGAUGACCCCUUUUCUCCACAGUCUCUGGCUGUGUCUUGGAUCGCUCAUGAUAGCUUCAGUACUGGUUUGAGACUAUCUGAUCCAAGGUUGUUGCAGCGGUAUGCACUUGCUACAUUCUACUUUGCCACGGGAGGAGACAAUUGGGAGCAAUGUGGCCGUGAGUCUCCUAGCUGUUCAACGAACCCCUGGUUGACAGAUGCGGACAGCUGUACUUGGUAUAGCCUGGGGUGUACUCAGCAAGGAAAUGUCUUUGAAGUCAGGUUUCCUCCCAACGGAAAUCGUCUCAUUGGAUCCCUUCCUGCUGAGUUGUCCUUACUGACUGGGUUGAAGCGCCUUUUGGCUUCUUCAAAUGGCAUUGGUGGUACUUUGGAUGCUCCUCUUGCUGGCCUGUCAUUGCUUGAGAUCUUGUAUCUGCCAUCAAACCAGCUCAGCGGUUCUAUUCCGGAUUCGCUCUAUAGCUUGACCAGCUUGAACCAUUUGACGCUUGCCGAAAAUGCUCUCACGGGUACUAUUAGCCCUGAUAUUGAACAGCUUGUGUCUCUCAAGGAUCUCUUCUUGAACAACAAUCAAUUCAAAGGGCCAUUGCCGGGUGCACUUGGGCAAUUGCCUAGUCUAGAGAAACUAAGAAUCGAAGGAAACCAACUUUCAGGAAGUAUCCCUGCGGCCGUUUGUGCUCAGCAGCUGGUGACAUUGGUAGUUGACUGUGAAGUGCAGUGUACCUGCUGUGACAACUGCGGAGAUGCAGCAGUAGCUGCCAUUGAUGGUUCCACUGGAGGGCUGGAAUCCUUUGUGGCGUACUUGAAGACCCUGCCUUUUACACUGUCCAGUGCUUUUGAUGAUUCCAGUUCCCCACAAUCGCGUGCUGCUUCCUGGGCCAUUGAGGAGGAUGGCUUGUCUGCAAGUCUCCCAGUGCGCGAUCCUAAGUUGUUGCAGAGAUACGCUCUGGCCGCUUUUUACUUUGCAACAGGCGGAGACAGCUGGAGUCAAUGUGGACGCAACUCAGCUGGUUGUGCAACCAGCAAUCCCUGGUUGACAGCUGCUGAUGAAUGUACCUGGUUCAGCUUGGGUUGCUCCAACGAUGGAGUACUUGUCGAAAUCAGAUUUCCUUCCGAUGGGAACCGUCUCAUUGGGCCUGUUCCUCCAGAUGUGUCUUUAUUGUCUGGCUUGAAGCGUUUCUCGGCUCCCACAAAUGCGAUGAGUGGUAGUUUGGAUGCUUUUUCUGGCCUAUCAAACUUGCAGACGCUCUAUGUGUCAUUGAAUCGAUUCAGAGGGUCCAUACCCGCUUCAGUUUACUCCUUGACAAGCUUGGACACACUGUCACUUGAACAAAAUGCUCUCACAGGUUCCAUUAGCACUCUGAUUGGAAGGUUGACAGAUGUGUCAGUUUUAGAACUUGGGAGUAGCUCCUUGGCUGGGCCCAUACCUGAUGUGUCUCGGUUGAUGCAUCUUUCGGAGUUGAAUUUGGAAAAGACCUCAUUAUCAGGAACAAUCCCAGAAAGCAUUGGGUCGCUGCAUGCAUCUCUCACGGAUGUCUUUCUGAAUGACAAUCGGCUCACUGGACCUGUUCCAGCGGCCUUCGGCAGCUGA